AGGCAGUGACCACCGGCAGCGCCACCAGCGGCCACUCGCUGCUCACGUGAACGAACGCGCGCGCGAACCUCUCGCGGACACCGCCAACAUUACAGUGAACUUAAAUAAAUCAAAGUGAUGAAAGGGCAAAGUAAGAGAUUCGUUAACAACAAAGGGAAUGCUUACGACAUGCGCGUGGAGAACAAGGAUGCUGAAUCAAACGUAGGAUUUUUCGAUUUGUGGCGAUAUGCAACAAUUGGCGAGCGUGUGGCGACGGUGGCCGGCGUGGCGCUGGGCUGGUGCUCGUCGGUGGGGCUGAUCGCCGCCAUCGUGAUCUACGGCGAGCUGACCUCGCUGUUCGUGCAGCGCCACAACGCCAACGCCACCACGCCCCACGCACACAUACUACGCGUGUUCGGCGGCGGGACGCUGCUGCCGCAGGGCAACCGCUCGCUGCACAUGGACGCGCUGGUGGGGGACUCGCAGGCCUUCGGGUUGGCGAGCGUGGCCAUCAUACUCGUGCAGUUCCUGAGCGCGGCCGCCGCAGUCACCGUCGCCAACUGGGCCGCCUCCAGGAUGGUGUCUCGGGUCCGGUUGCGGCUGCUGCGGUCCAUCCUCAGUCAGGAGAUAGCGUACUUCGACACCAACACCACCAUGAACUUCGCGUCCACACUCACUGAGGACACAGAGAAGCUGCGCGCCGGCGUGGGCGAGCACGUGGUGAUGACGGCGUACCACGGCGGGGCGGUGGUGCUGGGCACCGCGCUCUCCUUCACCUACGGCUGGCAGCUCACGCUCGCCGGCAUCUCAGUGGUGCCGGCCGCCAUACUCAUCUCCAGCAUCGUCGCCAAGUAUCAAACUCGGUGUACAAGUAAAGAGGUGCUGGCGUACGGCACCGCUGGCCGCAUCGUGGAGGAAGUACUCUCCGCCAUACGGACGGUGAGGGCCUACGCCGGGGAGGAACUAGAGGUGCACAGGUACCAGUCAGCGCUGGGCCCCGCCAACGAGCAGGCGCGGGUGCGCGGGGUGUGGGCGGGCGCGGGCGCGGGGCUGGGCUGGCUGCUCACGUACUCGCUCAACUCCAUCGUGCUGGCGUAUGGCGCCGCGCUGUGCGUGCGAGACAUGGACCUCCCGCCAGAAGAGCAGCAGUACCACUCCGGGAUCAUGCUCACUAUAUUGUUCUGCACGUUCAUGGCCUCCCAAAGUAUCGUGAUGUGUCAGCCGCACCUGGAGAUCUUCUCGGCGGCGCGGGGCGCUGCCAAGUCCCUCUUCCGUCUCGUCGAGAGGAAGUCCAACAUCAACGCGAUGGAAGAUGUCGGCUUCAAGCCGGACAAGUUCAGCGGGAACAUUGUCUUCGAUAACUUGUACUUCAAUUAUCCCUCGAGACUAGAUGUCAAGGUGUUGCGUGGGCUGACACUGUCAGUUAAGGCCGGAGAGACGGUGGCGCUGGUGGGAGGGUCCGGGUGCGGCAAGUCCACCCUGCUGCAGCUCCUGCAGCGGAUGUACGAGCCCGACAGCGGCACCAUCACCGUCGACGGACACAAGCUCACAGACUUGAACCUUCACCACUUCAGAACUAGUAUUGGAGUGGUGGGUCAGGAGCCGGUGCUGUUCAGCGGUACCAUUCGGGACAACAUCACCCUGGGAUUCGAUCAUGUGAGCGAGGCAGAGCUGAUCGCCGCCACCAAGACUGCGCACGCGCACCAGUUCAUCACUAAACUAGCCAACGGCUACGAGACGGUGCUGGGCGAGCGCGGCGCGCAGCUGUCGGGCGGACAGAAGCAGCGGCUGGCGCUGGCCCGGGCGCUGCUGCGGCGGCCGGCGCUGCUGCUGCUGGACGAGCCCACCUCCGCGCUGGACCCCGCAGCCGAGCGACAGGUGCAGGCAGCGCUGGACGCGGCCAGCAAGGGCAGGACCACACUAGUCGUGUCUCACAGGCUGUCGACGAUCGUGAACGCGUCUCGCAUCGUAUACUUGGAGCAGGGCGCGGUGCUGGAGCAGGGCUCGCACGCGGAGCUGCUGGCGCAGCGCGGGGCCUACUGGCGGCUCGUGCAGGACGACCUCACCGGCAAGAGUAUAGCGAACACUCUGAGCAGCGCCACGGAGGAGGCGGAGGGUGCGGAGGGCUCGGAGGGGGCGGAGGAGCGCGAGGGGGAGUGGAGUCCUCUGACGCGCGGGCUGCACGCGCGCCGCACCGGCAGCAUCACCAGCAGACACUCCGUGCGCGGAGAAACGUUUGCGCGGAGCAGCAUCCGCCUGGGCGCGGUGUCCGCCGCACACAUACAACCGCCGCCCCUGGAUCUCACCGAAUACGUACAAGACUCCGACGAUACGAAAGAAGAGGAAGAAGAGGCUCCGUCGGCGUCCACGUGGUCGCUGCUGAAGCUGAACGCGUCGGAGUGGCCGCUGCUGGCCGGCGGCGGGCUGGCGUCCCUGCUGGUGGGCGCCACCAUGCCCGUAUUUGCCUUACUCCUCUCCAGGUUAUACGGGAUGUUCGGCGACUCCGACGGGGAACUGAUCCUGCGCCAGUCGCAGCUGUACGCGGGGCUGUUCGUGGUGGUGGCGGCCGUGUGCGGGCUGGUCAUGUUCCUGCAGACGUGGCUGUUCAACAGGGCCGGCACCGCGCUCACAGACCGGCUCCGAGUCCUGUCCUUCAAGAACUAUCUCUACCAGGAGCAGGGCUGGUUCGACGCGCCGCAGAACUCCGUGGGUGCGCUGUGCGCGCGGCUGGCCACAGACUGCGCAGCCGUGCAGGGCGCUACAGGGACCCGGCUGGGCACCGUGCUGCAGGGACUCAGCACCAUGCUCAUAGGAGUAGCGCUCGCGAUGGCCUACUCCUGGAAGAUGACCCUCGUCAGUCUGCUCAGUGUGCCCUGCGUAAUCGGCGCGAUAUACCUGGAAGGCUAUAUCACCAAGCGCACCGAGGUGCAGGAGCGGCGCGCGCUAGAGCUCGCCUCCAGGAUCGCCACGGAGGCGGUGCUCAACGUGCGCACCGUGCACAGCCUCGGCGUGGAGAAGACGAUAGUGUCUCGCUACGAGCGCGCGCUGCUGGAGGCGGGUCGGGGCGGGGGCGGGGGCGGGGGCGGGUGCGGGGGGGCGCGGGUGCGGGGCGCGGUGUACGGGCUGUGCCUGUGCGCGCCCACGCUCGGGUACGCAGUCUCGCUCGCGUACGGCGGCGUGCUCAUCGCGCGCGAGGGGCUGCGCUUCGAGUACGCCAUACUGGUGUCGGAGGCGCUGAUCUACGGCGCGUGGAUGCUGGCGGAGGCGCUGUCGUUCGCGCCCAACUUCGCGGCGGCGCGGCGCUCCGGCGCCCGCAUCCUGGCCGCGCUGCAGCGCCGCCCCCUCGUCUGCGACCAGCCCGCAGCCGCCGACCCAAAGGACUGGGUGGCGACCGGUGAACUGAACUUCGAGAACGUGAACUUCCGGUAUCCGACCCGGCCCGGGGUGCCCGUGCUGCGCGGAUUGAACCUGAAGCUGGAGGCGGGCCGCACCCUCGCACUCGUCGGGGCUAGCGGCUGCGGCAAGUCUACUGUCAUGCAUCUGCUGCUGAGGAGUUAUGACGCGGAGAGCGGUUCCGUGAAACUGGACGGGCGCGACGUGAAGGAGGAUCUGACGCUGAAGUGUCUCCGAUCGCAGCUGGGUCUCGUGCAACAAGAGCCGGUGGUGUUCGAGAGGAGCAUCAGAGAGAACAUCGCGUAUGGCGACAACACCCGCGAAGUCACCAUAGAUGAGAUCAUAGAAGUCGCGAAACAAGCCAACAUCCAUAAUUUCAUCGCCGGACUGCCGAUGGGCUACGAGACGGUGCUGGAGGCCGGCGGGGCGGCGCUGUCGGGCGGACAGAAGCAGCGCGUGGCCAUCGCGCGAGCCCUGCUGCGGAGGCCGCGCGUGCUGCUGCUGGACGAGGCCACCUCCGCACUCGACGCCGCCAGCGAGAAGGUGGUGCAGGCGGCCCUGGAGGCGGCGUCUCGCGGCCGCAGCACGGUGGUGAUCGCUCACCGCCUCGCCACCGUCCGCCACGCCCACACCAUCGCCGUCGUCGACAGAGGUGUCGUAGCAGAAAGCGGUACACAUGACGAACUAGUCCGUAAACGGGGAUUAUAUUGGGAAUUAUUACAACAGCAGGGUCCCAGCGAAGCGAUAGCGUGAACCGGCAAUUAGCUGUAGACGCCAUUUUAUAUUCGCGUUGAUCCGCCAUAUUGAUUUCCGGCCAUCUCGUGUCAGCAGGGAAUCAUCCAAAUCUUGAUAAAUCAAUUGGAGAAUUACGAACCAGUAUUGUCUUUAUAAUUCUGCGUCAUUGCCGCGCGCCAUUUAUUCUUAUAUCACUUUAAUGUAGCGAUAUAGCAAAAAAUAAUAGUAAGUUGUUAAUUUAUAGAGAUUAAAAAUUACUCAAACUAGAGAGAGCUAGGUUAUGUGUUCAUUAGCUCAUUUAUAAAUAUUAAUUGUAGUUAAAAUCAUUACAUGUCUCAUGUAGAAUUAUUGCAAGUACUGCAGUAAUAACGUAUUAAAUUCCAGGAAGCUGUAGGUUACCCUGUGUAUAGCACAGUGUACCUGUACCAGGCACAGAUUUAAGAAAUAUAAAUAUCAAACUUGCAAUGUAAAUAAUAACUUCUGUCAAUUACAGACACGAGUGCCUUUAGAUAUUUAGACCUAAGUAUUUGUAAUGUGAAAGAUUUAUAUUUAAGGUAGUUUCAUGCUGAGUAAUAGUGUUAGUAGGUAUAUUUUUGAUACAUUUUUAUAGCAACAUUUCAAUUUAAAAAAUAAAACUAAAGAGUGACAUACAUGGCAUCUUCUUUCCAUAGACGAGGUCAGACUGGCCAUAGACAGCGCCAGACUUGUGAUAUUUAUAUGUAGCACCUCUAUGAUGCUCAUACAAUGCACGAUUGCAAAUAUUUUAAAAAAUAAAUAGCUAACCAGUGCGACUUCAACUGCAUCACACUUGUCACACACACAUUUAUAAUUAUGUUUAGCAAUUUAUAUAAAUUUUUUUUAAAUUAUAACCUAUGUGUUAUUCUGAUGUAUAAACUAUAUUACUGUAAAGUUUUAUCAACAUCAGUUGAGUAGUUUUUACGUGAAAGAGUAACAAACAUCCAUCCAUACUCACACAAUUUCGUGUUCAUAAUAUUAGUAAAGUAGAAAUAGCCAAUGU